CAUGCUUUAAGUACACUGAAGUCUUGAUCUACAACCAUUACACCACCAGGCCACAGCUCUACCUCGCUGCAUAUUACAGCAUCUCAAUAAGCGACAGUAUAUUACAGCACACCUUUUCAUAUAUCUACACCUGGGCAAAUCUUGGCUGCAAUGGACGAAGACGAGAGGAGAGGCUACGAAGCCACUGCCCAAAAGCUUCGUGCCGACUUGAAGCAAUUCGAGAACGACUGGGCUGCAAGCCAUGGAGGCUCAAAGCCAGGACGGGAGGACAUCAAGGCGAACCCGGACAUUGCCAACGCGUACAAGAAAUACAACAAAGUUCGCGAUAUCCUCUCCGGCAAGAUUGUGCCACCAAAGAAGCCUGCCAACUCGCAGAAACGCAGGCCCGAUCCGCCAACCCUACAGACCCCGUCGAAGCGCUCGCGGCACGCAGAGACCCCUUCCAAAGUCCGUACAGUGAAUGUGGAACCAGACUUGGCAACCCCUUCAACUCGCAAAUUAUUCAGUCCUGUGGCACCAACCUCGAUAGGACCGACACCUCAGAAGGAUGGGCGCAUCCUGGGUCUGUUCGAUCUCAUGUCCGGUGGCGAGCAGACGCCAUCGAAACCUUCUUCAGAAGCUGCAAAGAAGCCAGUGACGAUCCAAGCAACGCCCACAAAACGAAAAGCCAGCGACAUGGAGGACGAGGAGGAAAACACAAGACUGGGCAGGACCCCCAUGUCUUCCAGCAAGCGGGCCAUGCUUGACACAUUCCUCACACCUCUGAAGCGCAGGGACGCCAACGCUGGCACCAAGACCCCCCAAACCGUCAGGAAACUGGAAUUCUCUACGCCAGCAUUCUUGAGGCGAGCACCUCUUCCGCCAGUCGACGAAAACGGGGGCUAUAGGUCACCCGAGCCGUUGCGGCUUCCCCGAAAACCAUUUGGUCGGGGCCUGAGCAGCGUGGUUGCGAGUUUGCGCAAAAUGGAGGAGGACCACCUUGAUGAAGAUCUCGAGGCUCUCCGCGAGCUUGAGGCUGGCGAGGCGCCGGCCCCUGUCAAAUCUACAAGUGCACCAGCUACGAAGCCCGACGUGCUGGCACCCGACAGUCAGGGUCCACAGCUCUUGGGUGGAUUCGACGACGAAGCUCAAUUCGACAGCGAUCCUGAGAAACAGGUGGGACGUGAUGGGUUGCCUCUCAAGAUUUACCAGAAGAAGGGGCAAAAGCGGACGACGAGACGGGUCAACAUGAGACCAACACGAACAAAACGCCCCGCGGUACAGUCAGAAGCAAUGCUCUCGGAUGACGACGAAGUCGUGGAGGAGACUCAAGUCAAUGUCACAGCGCCCGGGGACAGCGAUCCUCUCGACUUGGGCUCCGAUAGUGAGUUUGGUGAUUCUGGCAAUGAGUCUGCUUCGGAACGCGCGAAGAAGAGGUCGAAAGCCGCCAAGGGUGGUGAUGGUGGCAAGAAGGAGAAGGAGGGCAAGGUGAAGCAGGUCGUGAAGAAGAUAAGCGCGACGGCGCACGCAAACUUUCAGAGGCUGAAGUUGAAGAACUACGGCGCGAAGGGAGGACCUGGGUUCAACAGCCGCUUCCGCAGGAAGAGGUAGGCCAUGGUUGACGAAGGCAAUGAGUGCAUGAUACCACGAAAUCCUGUUACAGUACCUCUUCAGCUGGCGUUUAAUGCUCACGACUGCAUCGGGCAUGGCGUUUGGGAGCGAUCGUCUUCGAUAAUUGAAACUCUACACAUAGCACAAUUCGCACAAACAUGUCAAUGAGCGGCCU